UAUGUAUGUAUGUAUGUAAGUAUAUAUAUAUAUAUACACACACGGACACAGCAAUAUACGCAGCUAAUUUCGCAAACACUCACGCCGGAAAAUCCGAUUCUAAUCGCCGGUGAUUUGUUCUUCGCGGUGGAGCUUUACUUCAGCUGCUCAGAUUUUGAAUUUUGCUUUACUGAUUCCUCUGCGAAUCUCGGAGAGAAGAUUUAUAGCAAACACCGAGAUGCAAUUUGCUGAUUGAAAGAGUUUGGCAUGAGAACAUAUAGAAAUAAUAUCUGUCUAUGAGAGAAGCUAAGCCAUGGAGGAAUCUAUUGAAGAAAAGACGUAUCCAUUUUGAUUGGGGACUUUGCAGAUUCAAAAUGAAACCUUUCAUGGGAGUCAUUUGUACGAUAAUGUUAUACAUUGUAUAUAGAACAACCAAUUAUCAAUAUUUGCAGACUGAGCUGGACUCAAAGUUAUUUCGUUUCUACACAUCAAAGGAAUCUGUGUCAGCUUCCACAAGCUUGAAGGGUUUACCACGUGGUAUUAUUGAAGCAAAAUCUGACUUGGAAUUAAAACCGUUAUGGUCGACAAGUAGUUCAAAGUUGAAGGCUAAUAUAUCCACUCCGCAUAACUUGCUGGCAAUUCCAGUGGGUCUGAAACAGAAGCGUAAUGUUAAUACUAUUGUUCAAAAGUUUCUUCGAGCAAAUUUUACGAUUAUUUUGUUCCACUAUGAUGGGAGGUUGGAUGGUUGGCGAGAUCUUGAGUGGAGCAACAAAGCCAUACAUGUUGUAGCUCAGAACCAAACAAAGUGGUGGUUUGCAAAACGAUUUCUGCAUCCAGCUGCUGUUUCCAUUUAUGAUUAUAUAUUUCUCUGGGAUGAAGACCUCGGAGUGCAGCAUUUCAAUCCUAGAAGAUACUUGGAUAUUGUUAAAGCGGAAGGAUUAGAGAUAUCUCAGCCAGCUUUGGAUCCGAAUUCAACUGGUAUACAUCAUAGGAUCACAGUACGGAAGAGAACAAACAAGUUUCAUAGAAGAGUGUAUGACAGCAGAGGCAGUGUGAAAUGUUCAGAUGCCAGUGAUGGACCACCAUGUGCGGGAUUUGUGGAAGGAAUGGCUCCAGUUUUCUCCAGGGCUGCAUGGCAUUGUGCUUGGCAUCUUAUUCAGAAUGACCUUGUUCAUGGAUGGGGAAUGGAUAUAAAACUAGGGUAUUGUGCACAGGGGGAUCGGUCCAAGAAGGUGGGAAUUGUUGAUAGCGAAUACGUUGUUCAUCAGGGAAUACAAUCGUUAGGUGGACCAUCUGCUAAAAAGAUUCCAAACGAUUCAGAUUUGACAAAGACGCAUGCCGUUGAUACGCGAGCAGAGAUUAGGAGGCAAUCAACAAUGGAGCUGAAAAUGUUCAAACAGCGGUGGGAAAAAGCGGCAAAAGAGGACAGAAACUGGGUGGAUCCGUUCUUCAGAAGAAAACGACGAUACAAGCAAAGACCGAUCGGAAGUGUUGACUCGUGAGUUUUUUUGACCAUACCAUUUUAUUUAGCUUAUUAUAGAUUAGUUGAGUAUAAUGACUGCUUAUAAAAGCUCUGUGCAAUGCACCUUGUAAUUUAGUUUGUCUCCGAGGCCCAUUUGACCUUGUUCAUAUCUCCAUUUCUUAUAAAUCAUUUAUUAGAUCACAAUUCAUUAUCGCA